AUGCAAGAUGAAUAUCGCCUCAGUAAGGAGCACCCCAAUGUGUACCUGGGUAUGGAUCAAGCUCUGAAUGAAGAUUAUAAAUCUACAGGCUUUGACCGUGGACACCUUAACCCCAAUGGUCACCACGCAGGUGACAGCCGGAAUGCCACUUUUAGCCUCACUAACAUUGUGCCUCAGAAUCCAAUAUUAAACCAGGGGGCGUGGAGACUGUACGAAGAAGAACUCGCCAGGAUGUUCAGCUCAGACUGUGCUACAGCCUUUGUUGUGGUUGGGACUGUCCCAUCACAAAACAACAAGCUGAAGGAUCGUGUGAACAUACCGGACUGGGUCUGGAAUGCGUACUGCUGUGUUAAUAACAACGGGCUGCCACUGAAUAGUGGGGCAGUAACAUCUUUAAACACAGACCAGAACAAGGUUAACAGGCUUACUUUGAGAGGGCUUCAAAUGUUUUUACAGGACCAAAUGUACACAGAAUCUGUUCACAUUUUUACUGAUCAAUGCAUGUGACCCUAGUCUGUGUAUGUACUGUACUGUAAAAUGCUGGGGCAAAAUAAACUUAGAUGAACUUAACAUGUCCCCUAUCUUCUCACAGACUGUUUCUAUCUCCCUACAACAUACGCUUCCUUCCAUGAGAGCCGUGGGGCAGCAAAAUGUGCAUUGAGUCCUGGAAAAUAACAGCACCACAUUGACUAAACAGUAAACAGCCCCGCAUAGGUCCUUUGCACACUUUCACCCCUAAUUUCUGAUCGGUUCAGAGCUGUAGAUAAUAAAUGGUGUUUUCCCAGUGACACUGCCAGUGAUAGGCAAAUUUGAAUCUGUACAUGGCCUAGCUCAAUAAUUCGAACAAAACCAGUCUCAUUUCCUUUAAUAAACAUUUUUUUGAAAAGGACCUACCAUUUCUUAUUUUACAACCUCUCAAUGUCUCUGGGGACAUUUCUGUCAUCUGAACCAGAGAUGUUUGGUAAGGCUUGAACAUGUAGGGCUGCAAAGCACCUGCCUCGAAUUCCUGGUUGUCAGAUGCUCGUGUCUGAUCAAACUCGGUACACGAUAGUUAAAAAAAUCUCUAAAAAUUCACCGUCGCUCUCCAUUGUUUUCCAUACAGUAAAAUAGAAAUACUGCCGGCAGCCUACCACCACUGACAUCAUCAAAAAUCGCCGGGGUUUUGUGUCAGACGAAGUGUUUACACUGUAAUGCCUGAAUUUCAACACAGACUAUAAACAUUUAAAAUUUGUUUUUACAUGUCUUUCUUGGUCAGAAUGACUUAAAAUAAUACAAAGAUCACUUUCCAUGAAUAAAAAGUGGGGGUCCAAUUCAAUGAUUUGUGGUCUUUAAUGGUAGUGUAUGGUUUAUGGAUUUUCUAAAUGUUUAUUACCAGUAAACUAAUGGGAGGAGUUUAAAGGUGGCAGAUUUAUUAGCUAUUUUACUUGAAGAACAAUCUUGAUAUUUAAAGUGUUUGUGUUCACUAGAAACUGUAACCCCCUGCUGUUGGAAAUUCAGUUCAUUCUAAAUGAGCUGUUAUAUUCCUUCAGUGAAACUCUUUGACAAUGCUGCAAAUCUGAUUGCAAUUUUGGGACACAGUUUAUUAAAAGCUUUGC